AUGACGGUAUCCCCUACCAAGCACAACCAAGAGCUCACGACGGCGUCAUCAUCUGGACCCGUCCACGCCAGUGUGCUCCAAUCUGGGAACGAAGCGGCGCUGGUCAGUGCCAAGGCGCGAUGUGAAAGUCAAAUGAUAGCCAAGGACUUUCAAGGGGCAUAUGCUACCAUCGUCGAGUGCAUCAAGGAUGCCGUGGGAGUGUAUGGGAAGAGUGCGCUCAGUCUUGUGCCGUACUACUUGUGCAUGGCUGAAGUGGGGCUUGAGCUGAGCCACAUGAACCAAGUGGAGGAGGUGCUCGCGCUGUGCAUUUGGAACAUCGUCAAGGCGGCCGAGGACGACGCUGCCAACGAGCCCAAGACGCUCGUGCAUCGCGCGGUGGUGUGCAAGUUGUUUGGACGGUACCACUGUGAAUGCGAGCAGUUUGACGAAGCCGUGAAACAAGCAGCCAACGGCGCGUACUACGCUUCGGUAAUCCACGGCCCCGAGCACAUUCAAACGUCGACUUUGUACUUUACCCUUGGCGCGAUCUUUCAAAAGAUGUUUCGAACUGAAGAGGCGCUCGGGAUGUACGACAAGGUGGUGGAAAUUUGGUUCAAGCACUUGGCCGCGGCGACGCGGCGCCAACGGGGUGGUCACGAUGACGACGACGACGACGGCGGCAGGGACGUUGUGGGAGCAUCCAAUGGCACCAUCCACCCCGGUCCUUCGUCCGCGUUGCCGGCACAUGCUGCGAAGGACACCGCAAGCCCAAACACUGAACGCAUCUACCACGAAGGCUUGGCCAUGCUAAAGCAAGUGCUAUCGACCAGAACCAAGAUUCUAGGCGAUACCCACAUUGCCACUGGCGAGGUGCAGUAUACCGUGGGACUGCUGAGUUUUUACAUGAACGACCACGACUCGGCCAAGGCAGCGAUUGAGAGCGCAUUCAGUAUUUACACGGAUGCUUUGGGCUCGCUGCAUCCAUCUACCAUGGACGUGCAAACCAUUUUGGACCAGUUGGCUUAA